AGCCUAGCUGCUCCCCACCAUAGUAUAACUCUGCCUUUAACUGUAAUAAUUUCCUAAAAUGUAGACCUUUUUUCUCUUCUAUAACUGGACCCAUUCUGGCAUUAAUAGCUUGAUUUAACUGUAGACAGACCAGUGAAAUAUUUGUGGUGACCUGAAUUCAGAUGAUGUGAUUCGGUGCUUGGGUCAAUUUAUUCUGCUAACUUGUAUUUACAUCAUUGGUCCAAGUUAUGGUGAUUUCUAGGGACAAACAAGCAGAUAAAUGGCGUUGAUUUUGCUCAUGUUUUGUUUACCUCCCAAUUUUAAUCCCUGCUUGAAAGGUGUUUCCUCAGGUAAGAAUACCUUAACUGACGGUUAACCCGCUUGACUUUAUCAGUCUGCUCCUCCCGUACACGGGUUCUGUCAGAAACCAUUUCUAUGAAGUGAGUUUGUCCCGUUAAAGGGGGAUUAACGGCACACACAAGGAGUUCAGAGCCGAGCACGUUGCAGCGCGCCGUGCCAGCCCACCUGUCCAGUAUGGUACAACGGCAGGGGGUGGGGAGGCGUACCCAGAGGAUGUGACGUCCUGGUCGGAGAGGAGAUUGUCCCGUAUCCCGCAAACGCUGGCCAUUAACGUCGAUGUUUGGUGAGGAUUAUCACAAGAAGCGAGAUGGCUGAGUGAGGUGAGUGUAGGCAGUUGGCUCAGGUGAACGGGGAAAGCGGAACAACAACCAGCCAAACAAUGGAUGUAACUUUUGUUAUAUCGGCUAUCAUUUUCACGCUGCUCGCUGUUGUGGUUGCAACGUCGAUAUUCAAAGGCUCCUCGCCUGCAGCAGACUUAGCAAACGCACGGAGUUAUUUCCGACACAGAGUAGACGGUGUGACUGGAGGAUUAGAGCAAAACGGCCAUGUACCCGAGAAGAAGAAGACGAAGAAGGAAGUGGACGACUGGACUGAGAUCAGCGGGAGCUCACACGAUCACUGGGAUGUAGUUAAAACUGUGCUUUCAGAGGAGGCACACCCCCAUCCUCACACAGAAGAAGCAGCAGCAACUGAGCACUCCUCCACGUCCAGCUUGUCUGUCCCCAGUUGUGGAUCCAGGCACAUGAGUUUAGAGGUAGAUUUGUCAUCUGAGGCCUCGUCAGGGAGGAGCCGUAGGUCAUUCAUUGGGCUCUCUGAUACGGAGCUCCUAAAGUGUGCUUUCUCUUACCCCCAGACCGAAGGAGCCACAGAGAGCCCGGGGACCAACGCAGAGAAUAUGGAAACGAAUCCUAAUAAUUCCUUGAAGUAUGUUCCUGGAAAAGCACGAUCCCAUCAUUUACAGAUGAUGAUGUCCAAAGAGGAGUUGGAGGAGGAGCAGAGGAUUCACUCCAACAGAUUUUAACUAUCUGUGAGCCUGAGAAAGGAGCAAAUAUGUGAGUGCAGCGUGAGCAACUUACCGCCAUCUUCCAGCUGCUGAAGGAUAACAAGGAGACGUUUGGAGAUAUGUCAGAGGGAGACUUAGAGGAGCAGCUCCGACUCUACUCCAUCUGAG